GCUGGACUAUUCACGGACAUCCAUUUCUUUCACUUUCCUCGAUGACAUCGAGCCACCUCUGCAGUGUCAGCCGAAUGACUGUCAACCAACCGCCACGGGCAUUUAUGCGGGUGUGACGAUCUCUCAAGUGGAGAUCAUCAUUGACCCUGACACCUUCAACGCUCCUGCUGCCAAAUUGCGUGUCGUUUUCGACGCAGUAGACAGAGCCGGUGCAAAUGCUGGCCAGUGCAGAUAUGGGAACUUUGCGUACGGAGCACAUUCUGCGACCGUGAACCAGCCAUGGUCGGGUGUUGGCGCAUCCACAAUCACGCUAG